GCAACGGUAUUAUAUUGGAUGGGGGGGGGUGUGCUGCCAAGUUCUACCAUACGGUACCGAUAAGUUAGUCGUGUGUAGCACUCGCUGCGGAGCUCAGCCAUAAUAAUAAACUAAUGUACGGUAGUCGACAGGUUAUGAUACCGGAUGAUAGCGGAGAAAUAAUGCUUUACGAAUUAGUAACGGAUGAGUCAUAUCGAACGAGGGUCGUGAGCAUUAUACCGGUAUCAUACUGGUACUUGUACUUGUAGGUAGUUAUUUUGGAACUUGGGGUGUCGGAACUGUGAGGCUUUGAAGGACUAUUGAACUCACCUCGGGGACGAGGUGGGGUUGGUAGUCAAAGUGGGGUUAAGUUAUGUGCUUUAGUCGCUGCUUGAUUCGACUUACCAGUACCGGUAUUUCAGUUGAAAAUAGGAAUAAAAAUAAAUAAAUAAAGGAAUAAAAAAUAGUGCGAAUCUUUGUUCACCAUUGUGUGAAUACCGAUGGUUAUCAGCAUAAAGCUUUUGUUUAUUUAUUUAUUUAUUUGUUCACUGUGACUGAUAAGUUAGUGUGCAGUGUUGCAAUGUGAUAAUACUUGUAUUAUGGUACGGUAGUCCUUUUCACGGAAAGCUCGUACUGUGCUCGAGUAGACUAUGAUGUGAGUCGGGGUAUGAUAUGAUAAUAUCUCUUGUUUCUCUCCCAAAGUUUAUUGAUGGAUUAUUGUUGUUAUUAUUAUUAGAAACAAACUCCAUAUGGUUCUGGGAACAUACGAAUUUUGAUUUGUGGGAUUUUCCGGAUGUGAAGAGUUGCUUACAUUCCUGGUGUAAAUGUGAACGUAUGAUUGAUUGAUUGAUUGAUACUCAUGAACUUUUUUUGGUAUCGUACCGGGUGCGAUGGGAACGGUUUAGUUGUAGGUCUGUUCCUACCGUGCUGUAACUUAUAAUAUGAGGGUCUUGUGGAUGGAUGAGAGCGUACUCGUAUUGUGCUGGUACGGUGCCGUGCCAAUGAAGGAUCCGGGAUUGGGGGGGGAAAGGUAUUAUACCGGUACUCGUACUGUAUGGGUGGAUGUAUGAUAAGUGAGUCAUAGGGACAUUGUGCAAAAAGGGGGUUUAUGUUCUCGUGGUUUCUAUGGAGUGGUAAGAUAAGGGAUUUGAAGUCGUUCCAUACUGCUGUGAUGCUCGGCUCGGACACCGGUAGGGAAAGGCUGUGAGAUCGAGGAGGGGAUGAGGUUGAAGCUCCUUUUUUGUGCUUAUACUGUACUGAUAGGAUGAGGUUUGAAAUUUUCAUAGCGACUCAAAUAUAGCUUCCUUAAGCACGAUGGUCUCCUAGCAGAAGCUGACACUGGGUUUGGUCUUUUGACUGGAGGAAAAAAGAAAAAAGGAAAUGGAGAGAAAGAAAAAGAAAAGGCACUCGGUACGAUCAUUGUAUGGUACUCGAGCGAGUAAUCACAACCUUAAAGGUAUUUCUAAGCUGGAACCUAAUGCCGACUUAUUGAUGAGCCACGGGCUGAUCUAUCAAAGCCCCCUUUGUCCGUCUGCCCGUCUUGAAGUUUUUUUUCUUUUCAUUUUUUUACCCCACUAAACGUACCGUACGCUACUGCGAAUGCCCUUGGGAUCCACUGCCGGUAUCCCCCCUAGCUCCCCGGGAAGGAUUAGUGUUUUCCUGAUAGCAUAAGAUCGGCCUACUGGAUGUGUUGGAUCUCGUUAACUGGUAUUCGCAAUUCUGCUAACCUGCCAAGCUAAGCCUAUCGUGGGAAGACGGAUUGCCCGAGACAAUGGAUAGCAAGAGUUUUUAUGGUAGGGCUUCCCCUCCCUCACUCUCUUAGGGUGGCCUCUCGGUACGCACCGAAGCCGAUACCUUCCCCCCCGACGGACGGUCUUAGACACAAGCAUUGCCACCGCCGCUGCAGUUUUGGGUGGGGAAGAGGGGCGGAGGGGGAGAAGGGAAGGGGAGAAAAGUGGGAAGGGAAAGACAUCCCCAGGAGGAACCGCCAACAAUAUGCGCCAUGUUACUCGUAGGUCCGUUGGAUACGGUACGGAAGUCGGUCGUGCUGAAGCGCGCUGAAUGAGUGGCUGCCUAGGGGCGGAGGGGGCUUUGAAACCCUAUGAUACUGCCCCGAUUACCUCGAGUGGUUGUAAAAAUCAUAUCAUAGCUUGUGCGUGUAGACUGUGGAUGUACUGUACGGUAUGCGUGUUUAACUCGGGAUUGGGUGAGUUGUGGAGGGAGAUGAAUAAAUAAAUUCGAAUCGAGGUUUGUGUUAUCACUAUCUUAGGUUUUCUUUUUCCUUCUUCGAUGGGUUGGGGGUCCCAGCUUAGCUUGGCUGGGAGAAAAAGGGAGAAAAGUGUCGGGUCUUUUUAUCAGAUCGAAAGGAUUAGAAGGUCCAAGGAGGGGACUAUUUUUACUUGAUGAGGCUGAUGGAAGAGCAACGAAAUGGGCGGUGGUCUUUGGAAGCCGAUGGAACGUCUUGGGGGAGAAGCUAGACUACUCUAGGCUUGUCCCGGCUCUUGCUCCACCAAACCCUUUCCCCCAAAGGCCUCAGGAGCCCUUCUCUCCAUUUUUUUCUCUCUCUCUGGUCUUGUCCCUUUUUCUUUCCCUUUCUUCUAUUGCCAUCUGGUUCCUUCCUGCGGGUCCUUUUUUAUCCUCGAAAUCGAAGAAGCGAAGAACGCACUCUUCAAAAGAACGAGAGCGAGAACAAGUGAGAGAAAGAAACUUCUUGUUGUCCCCUCCUCCCUUCCCCACCACGAAAAAAUACGACUGGGAAGAAGUCAACAGUUCUCCUUUUAUCAAACGUCCGAAUAUCCCCUCUGGACAGCCCGCUGUAGCCUCGUCGGGCCUUUCUUUCGAUCGAGUUCCCGUUGCUCUUAUAGUUUCUUUUCGAAGCAAUCGGUGGUUUCUUCGACCCCUCCCCCGCCGUUUCUACAGAGUCUUGUUUCCUUGCCCUCCGACCCAACAACAAAACAACCACCUUUUUAGUUUUAGCCUUUUUCUUCUCUCUCUCUCCCCCCCCCCCCCCCUCCAUUAACAGAUACAGGCGGUUGAUACAUUGAUCGCUAUUCUUCACACUUCCUCUUGGUACUCCUAAAAACUCAGCCAACACAAAAUGUCGCAGAAGGCGGAAAAGAACCGACUGUACAGGAUCCUCGAGAUCGCUCCCGAUGCCUCCGAAGCCGAGAUCAAGAAAGCUUAUCGCAAGCUUGCUAUGGUGCGUUGAAUAUUUUAUUCCCUUUGUUUCUUUCUUUUCUUCUCAUUUGCCAUUUACCCCUGUCCUUUUUUAUCCUCUCCCAUCGAUCGCCCUGCUGCAGUCUAACUCGGCUCCCUGCUUGGUCAUUAUUACUGGUGUUCGGCGCGUUCGUGUUUUAUCUUCCCUUUUUUUCUCUUCCCAUAAACUUAUCCAUUAAAUUUUUUCUCUCUUUCGCUUCCUGAUCGACCGCUGACAAAAUAUUGCAGAAAUAUCAUCCAGGUAUUGCUCUUCCAAGGAUUAAUAGAAAUUAUGCAUUUUGUGAGGAAAUGAUAGGAAUCUAAACUUUUCCCCCGACCACAGAUAAGAAUGCGCAUAACCCCGACGCUUCAGAUAAGUUCAAGGAGAUUGGCCAUGCGUGAGCUUUCCAAUUGCUGUACAGUUGCUUUUUUUUUAAAAAAAACACCUGUACUAAUUUCAUAUUAGAUAUGAAAUUUUAUCCGAUCCUCAGAAGCGAAACAUAUAUGACCAGUAUGGCGAGGAAGGCCUUUCUGGAGAAGGCGGAAUGGGUGGUGGAAUGUCUGCGGAAGAUCUGUUCUCCCAGUUCUUCGGUGGUGGAGGUAUGGGUGGCAUGGGCGGCAUGUUUGGCGGUGGAAUGCAGCAACAAGGUCCUAAGAGGGUGUGUAUCCUUAUGGCGGUUAUGUAGUUUCUGAGUAUGCUAACGGGCGGGUGCGUUACAGAGUCGGGAUAUCGUCCAUGUUCACAAAGUUGCACUAGAGGAUCUUUACAAGGGUAAGGUUUCCAAGCUUGCCCUGCAAAAGAGUGUCCUUUGUUCCAAGUGCGAUGGUCGCGGUGGAAAGGAGGGCUCCGUCAAGAAGUGUACCGGUUGCGAUGGCUUGGGUAUGAAGACCAUGAUGCGCCAGAUGGGCCCUAUGAUCCAACGUUUCCAGACUGUCUGCUCCGACUGCAAUGGUGAGGGAGAGAUGAUCAAGGACAAGGAUAGGUGUAAGAACUGUCACGGAAAGAAGACCAUCACAGAGCGGAAGGUUCUGCAUGUCCAUGUCGAUAAGGGUAUGCAGGAUGGUCAGAAGGUCACUUUUAAGGGAGAAGGCGACCAGGGUCCGGAUAUCACCCCUGGAGACGUAAUCUUUGUUAUUGAACAGAAGCCUCAUGCUCGGUUCCAGCGAAAAGGGGACGACCUGUACUAUCAAGCUGAGAUCGACCUUCUUACCGCACUGGCUGGUGGAACCAUUGCAGUUGAGCAUCUUGAUGAGCGUUGGUUGACGGUAGCUAUCAACCCCGGCGAAGUAAUUAGCCCUGGUAAGUAAUCCCAACUGACCCUCGAUGUAUACAUUUCGAUACUUAUGAUUCUGCACAGGCGUUAUCAAGGUUGUUCGCGGGCAAGGUAUGCCGUCUUAUCGCCACCAUGACCACGGCAAUUUAUACAUCCAAUUCGAUGUCAAGUUCCCACCCGAUCAUUUCAACGAGCCGGAGAGGAUUGCUAUGCUCGAAACUAUCCUUCCUCCAAGGAAUAUUCCUGAGAUCCCGGUCGAUGCUAUGGUUGACGAUGUGAUCCUAGAGGAGGUCGAUCAGAGCCAGCAAGCUCGCGUCAAUGCCAAUGCGAUGGAAGACGAUGAAGACCCGCACCAGGGCGCUGAGAGAGUACAGUGCGCGAGUCAGUAAAAGCAAUCAGGAUUUCUUUUAACGCAGUGAAAUGAUAAAAUAGGCAUUGGGGGGGGGGGUGCUGUUUUUCUGAAUGGCGAUGUAAGGGUGGUGGGGCGCGGUGCGUGGCUCGGUUCUUGAACGGAGAAAGCAAAGGGUAUGGAAAUGGCGUUUUUAACAUGGCUUUCCUAGAUGGAUGUUUUUCUGUCAACCAUUAUGGAAGGAUCCGUUAAUAGUUAGGGGUGUGUGCUGUUUUCAUAUCAAUGGCUUCUUCUCAAUUCUUUUCCUCUGUUUUUUUCGUCUUUUUACAGGAAAUAAAUGGUUGGCGAGGAUGGGUUCAGGCUUUGAUUUUUUUUUUGCUUUUAUGGAUACAGUGUUCACCCUGGUUUUUUUUCCCUAUCCACUUCUUCUCUUGCCCCUUACCCUCUUCAUAUUUACUGUUUCUUAGUUUUCUACAUUCAUGCUAUGCCGUAUUUCCUAGUCAUCCUCCUCCUUAUCUUCCGUCCUCACCAUCAUCUCUAGUCGGUUGUUUUUCGGGGAAAGAAAGGGGAAAGUUUUUGACAAGAUGCCGAUCGCCCUUGAAGCACAUUGGCAGCCCUCUCUAUGCUUUCCCUUGAUUACGGUUUGUCAUGCGCCAAAAUUUUUAUAGUUUCUUCCUUUGUCCCGAUAAACUGGUGAAAAGGCAUUUUUCUCACCUGUGGGAAAAGAUCUGUACGGUAUCCUGUAUUUUUUUAGACUUUCGAAUAGCAUGGCUAGCGGAGUGUAACUUUCAAAAUAUUUGUCUCCCGG